AUCUGGCCAUGUAAAAUGAACGGGCUCUGCUUUCUUAGGUCGGGAAAACACGGCACUGUGGUACAAGCGCCGAAAAAGGGUGAAUUAAUUUGAGAGCGAGAGAGAGAGAGAGGGCGGGUUGGAGAGAGAGAGAAAGAACGAGAGAGGGAGAGGGGAGAGAAGACGCUGACUAUAGGCUACGCCUCUGCAGUUUAAGGAAUAUAUUAAAAGGAAAGUUUUUUACUGGGUGCAGCAGCACCAGUGAGUGAGAGCCCCAGCCCCCAGGCCAGGCCCCAGUCCUCAGUGUGAAGUGAUGGAGCUGCCCCGUGUUGGGAACUGCAGAGGAGCCAGGCGAUGGACACCCCUGCUGGUGAUGUGACGGAGAGACGCAAGAUGUAACUUGUGGAUUCUUCUCAAAGGCCCCACUCAAAUCCCUAGACGACAGAAAAAAAGGAGUAACAUCUGUUUAUGCACAUAUUUCUGUUAAAGCCCCCUGGAAAAAACAGAGAUAGACAGAAGAUAAAACACCUUUAAAAAUGAAACAUUAAAAGGAACAAAUUGCCACUGGAGAAACUAAGCAAAGUCAACCUGGUUGAGGAAUCCAUCAUCUUGGGAUCAACACCUUCGGAGAAAGGGCAGGGUCAUGUCCCAGUUGCCAUGCGCAUCACCACGGUGACCUGCCUUCCCUGCCCCUCUCCCCUCCUCCUCCUAUUGGUCCAGCUGCUACUGCGGCUCCUCCUCUAUGGGCCAGAAUUUGUAGAGGCCGCCUCCCCCUGCCCCACCCAUUGCAGCUGCUCCAAUCAGGCCAGUCGAGUCAUCUGUACAAGACAGAGUCUGGAUGGGGUGCCUGAGAGCAUAUCAGUCAACACACGAUACCUCAACCUGCAGGAGAAUUCAAUAGAGGUUAUCAAGUCAGACACCUUCAAGCACUUGAGGCACCUUGAGAUCCUGCAGCUGUCUAAGAACAAAAUCAGUCAGAUUGAGGUGGGAGCAUUCAAUGGCCUGCCCAACCUCAAUACACUGGAGCUGUUUGACAACCGCCUCACCCUGGUCCCCUCACAGGCCUUCGAGUACCUCAGCAAGCUGCGGGAGCUGUGGUUACGGAACAACCCCAUCGAGACGCUGCCGGGCUACGCCUUCCACCGCGUGCCCUCGCUGCGCCGGCUGGACCUGGGAGAGCUCAAGAAGCUGGACUACAUCUCAGACGCCGCCUUCGUGGGCCUGGUCAACCUGCGCUACCUGAACCUGGGCAUGUGUGGUCUGAAGGACAUCCCCAACCUGACGGCCCUGGUGCGUCUGGAGGAGCUGGAGCUGUCUGGGAACCGUCUGGAGAUCAUCCGGCCUGGCUCCUUCCAGGGCCUGGUGUCGCUCCGUAAGCUGUGGCUCAUGCACUCGCAAGUGAAGGUCAUUGAGCGCAACGCCUUCGACGACCUGAAGAACCUGGAGGAGCUCAACCUUUCCCACAACUCCCUGCAUUCACUGCCCCAUGACCUCUUCACCCCGCUGCACCAGCUGGAGCGGGUGCACCUCAACCACAACCCCUGGGUGUGCAACUGUGACGUGCUGUGGCUCAGCUGGUGGCUGAAGGAGACGGUGCCCAGUAACACUACGUGCUGCGCCCGCUGCCACGCUCCCCCCGGCCUGAAGGGCAGGUAUGGGGAGCUGGACCAGAGCCACUUCACCUGCUAUGCUCCCGUCAUCGUGGAGCCGCCCACCGACCUCAACGUUACCGAGGGCAUGGCUGCAGAGCUGAAGUGUCGCACGGGCACCACCAUGACCUCGGUCAACUGGCUCACGCCCAACGGCACCCUGAUGACCCACGGCUCCUACCGGGUCCGGAUCUCCGUGCUGCACGAUGGUACGCUCAACUUUACCAACGUCACGCUGAGGGACACGGGUCAGUACACCUGCAUGGUGACCAACUCGGCUGGCAACACCACGGCAACCGCCGUGCUUAAUGUCACUGCCGCCGACGUUGGCGUCAGCUACUUCACUACUGUCACCGUGGAGACGGUGGAGCCCAACGAGGGCCCGACAGUCUACGCGGGCGUCAUGAACAGCCACAACGAGUCAUACGUCAUUACCCCGUCUGGCCACCAGUGGAGGGGGGGGCUCCCUACCACCGCCUCCUCCCUGUCAGCCUGGUCCUUGUCCUCAUCCCGGGCCACCCGGCCCACCUUUACUGUGCCCAUCACUGCCGAGACGGGCUAUUCUGGCCUUGAUGACGUGAUGAAGACCACCAAGAUCAUCAUUGGCUGCUUUGUGGCAAUUACCUUCAUGGCAGCCGUGAUGCUGGUGGUCUUCUACAAGCUGAGGAAGCAGCACCAGCUGCACAAGCACCAUGGCCCCGCCCGCGCCAUCGAGAUCAUCAACGUGGAGGACGAGAUUGGCGCAGGUGCUGGUGGACGUGGCAGCGGCAUCUCAGGGGGCGGCACCGUCUCUCGGGAUGGAGGCGGAGGGGGAGGAGUAGGAGGAGGGCAGAGCCUGAGGAUGCAUCACCCAGAGAUGGUCAAUCUGCCCAACCUGGCCAGACAGGAGCACCUCAACCACUACUACAAGGCCCACCACUUCAACAACAACAUGAUGGGCCUGGGCAUGGGCCUCAACAACAACAACAACCCCUCCCUCUCCCCCUGUUCCCAGAACCAGAGCACCCCCAACUCCUGCGCACAGGGGCCCACCUCCACCAGUGGUGGCACCCCCACAGGUGGUUGCUGCCCUCCCCUGCCCCUGCCCCAGCUGGGCAUCCACAGCUCUCUGAAGGGGCUGAUGGGGAAAGGCCAAAACCCUCAGAUCGAGCCUCUGCUCUUCAAGAGUGGCUCCAAGGAGAAUGUGCAAGAGACUCAGAUCUGAGAGAAAGAGAGAGACAGAUGGAAAAAGAGAGUGAUGAAGAGACAGAAAAACAGGGUGAUGGAGGGAGAGAGAGGAGUCUGAUUGUACUAUCCCCAUGGCCAUAUUUCGAUAGAAAGUGUAGGCAGGCAGAAUAUGAA